AUGGGGGACGACUAUGAAAGCGUACGCCUGGUAGUGAAGGAAUGCUAUGUUUACAGGAUACCACCAAGAUCAAAUGCACGUGGCUAUAGAGCAUCAGAUUGGGAUGUCAACCAAUUCCUAUGGACGGGUCGAUUACGAGUCAUCUCUCAAGGAGAUAAAUGCUGGUUACAACUUGAGGACUCAAAGACUGGAGACACGUUUGCUACAUGUCCAUAUAUACCUGCCGAAAACACUGUUGAACCAGUGCUUGACUCGUCAAGAUACUUUGUACUGAGGAUACAGGAUCCAGGGACAGGAAAGCACGCUUUUGUGGGGAUGGGAUUUCCUGAACGUUCUUGGGCGUUUGAUUUCAAUGUUGCGUUACAAGAUUUUGUCAAUCAAAUCAGAGCUGAUAAGGCAGCAGCAAAUGCGCCUCCGCCAUCCGCAGGUCCUUCAAAAGAUUAUAGCCUGAAAGAAGGCCAGACGAUAUCAAUCAGUCUUGGAAACAUAACAAACAAAUCAAGGAAAAAGUCGAAUGCAAACGCUGACGGCAGCUUCAUGCUUCCACCACCGCCGUCUUCAUCAACCUCAACACAACCACUACAACAACAAUACCAGCAACAGCCGUCAUUCAAUAAUGUAUUUAGUAACCAGAAGGGCGCCUUUGGCAGUGAUCCAUUUUCUGAUGGUAAUUCUCCAGGAGACGAUUGGACUGAUUUCGAAUCCGCAUUCAACCCGCAACAGUCAAAUAACAAUAGCAGUAAUACCGGUAGUAGUAAUACGACCAACUGGGAAACAUUCUAA